UGCUGUAAAGCGCGGGGUGACGGCUUGGUGGCGCGCACGCUCGGGGGCCCCGGCCUCCCCGAUCCUCAAGUCCCUAGGAGCAGAGGCCACGCCCGUCCCCGUCGGAGGGGCCGCUCCGACAGCGUCAGCCCGGGCCCUGGGCAGCGGGAGGGAGCCGCCCACCACCUACCUGUCGCGCGGGCCGGGCAGGUCACGGCGGGCCCUCCCCCUGCGCCCCGCCGGCCCGCCCUGUUCCCAGCACUUGGCCUCCUGCGCUCGCGGCUCCCCGUGGCCCAGCGGCGACGUCGGGGCCUGGGCACCGAGGAGCGCCGUGCCCAGCGCCGCUGGGGUGCCUGCCCUGCGGCCGGGGCGAUGCCCUGCGGUGCCCGCUGAGGCCGGCAGCAUGGCCCGGUCGCUGACCUGGCGCUGCUGCCCCUGGUGCCUGACCGAGGAGGAGAAGGCGGCCGCGCGCGUGGACCAGGAGAUCAGCAGGAUCCUGCUGGAGCAGAAGAAGCAGGACCGCGGGGAGCUGAAGCUGCUGCUGCUGGGGCCUGGCGAGAGCGGCAAGAGCACCUUCAUCAAGCAGAUGCGCAUCAUCCACGGCGCCGGCUUCUCGGAGGAGGACCGCAAGGGCUUCCGGCCGCUGGUCUACCAGAACAUCUUCAUGUCCAUGCAGGCCAUGAUCGAGGCCAUGGGCCGGCUGCAGAUCCCCUUCAGCAGGCCCGAGAGCGAGCACCACGCCAGCCUGGUCAUGAGCCAGGACCCCUACAAAGUGACCACGUUCGAGAAGCCCUGUGCCCUGGCCGUGCAGUGCUUGUGGCGGGACGCGGGCGUCCGGGCCUGCUACGAGCGACGGCGGGAGUUCCACCUGCUGGACUCGGCGAUAUACUACCUGUCCCACCUGGAGCGCAUCACUGAGGAGGGCUACGUGCCCACGGCCCAGGACGUCCUGCGGAGCCGCAUGCCCACCACCGGCAUCAACGAGUACUGCUUCUCUGUGCAGAAAACCAACCUGCGGAUCGUGGACGUCGGUGGCCAGAAAUCGGAGCGCAAGAAGUGGAUCCACUGCUUCGAGAAUGUGAUGGCGCUCAUCUACCUGGCCUCGCUGAGCGAGUACGACCAGUGCCUAGAGGAGAACAGCCGGGAGAACCGCAUGAAGGAGAGCCUGGCCCUGUUCGGCACCAUCCUGGAGCUGCCCUGGUUCCGGAGCACCUCGGUCAUCCUCUUCCUCAACAAGACCGACGUCCUGGAGGAGAAGAUCCCCUCCUCCCACCUGGACACCUACUUCCCCAGCUUCCAGGAUCCGAGGGAAUCUACAUGUGCACUCCGUCUCCUGGCCCGGGGGCCAGAGCGCGUCUCCCGCUGGUGGCUGGCCUCCCCUCUCGUCGAAUCCUGCUGGCCCCGGUCACCACCACAAGCAGGAGCAGCAGCUGACAGGCCCGCUGCCCCAGGGGCUCGGCAGGGCUGGCUCUGCUCUGGUUUGAAGCCCAGCGUGUGGGGACUUAUCUCGCCAGGAUGGACACGGGGCCAAGGCUCAGGACAGUGCAGAGCCGUCAGCAGCAGAGGCCGGACUUGAACCCAGGCCGUCAGGACCCGGAGCUGGAGCCUCCGCCCGCUGCCACUCUGGCCCAGGAAAGCCUGUGUGACGCGCUGGGCCCUCUCCAGAGCGGCCUCCUGGUCUCGGCCCCGGAGGCCUCGACCGCUGGGCUGGUGGAGGUCAGGGACGGGCCCCUGCAGCUCAGCAGAGCCAGUUAGGCCUCGGGCAGCCCUGAGUUCGCCCUGCGCUUUCCGGGCCUCCUCCCCGAGCCCCAAAGUGCCCCUCCAGGGGUGACCAGGCGACUGGGACGCCCUCCCCACCUUUGGCCUCGCAGCUCCAGGUUCCCAAACCCCAGCCAAGAGCCAGGGUCUGUUUUGAGCUAGACUCUGCCCGGAGUCCCAGGACGGAGUCCACUGACCCGUCUCCCGUCACAUGGUCCUUGUGAGCCCAUCCUUGGUGCUCCUGCUGGCGUGACCAGCGAUGCCCACAAAGGUGGCACCAACCAGUGAUGACAGCAGGCGUGGCCCUGGGGCCUUCCCGCCCUGCCUGACGCCCUGCGCUCCU